AUGGUGACUGAUGGAGAUCAGAAUCCAUCACUGAUCUCAGAAAGUGUACCUGCACAUACCACCAAAGAAGAAGACGAUCCAGAAUGUUUCCCAUUGAUUUUCACAAUCCAGCUAGAUCAGCUCCAAACCAGUCAAAAGAAAAAGGUCAUGAUGUUCAGGCUUCCCCUCCUUAUCAGGUCCUGUGCUGGCACUGGCUGCUUUUCUACUAUGAAGCAACGAGCACACAUGGAUGGAGAUGUAAUGAUUGCUGGGUUUUUCCCUCUCUACACUUUGGGAACAGAUCGCAGUCAAAGUGAUGAUUCUGGAGAUGGACAGAACAAGCCAUUAUGCAGGUUUAUCUUCAACAACUACCAGUUUGUUUUGGCCUUGGCUUUUGCUAUUGAAGAGAUCAAUGAAAAUCCUCAUAUUUUACAUAACUUGACACUAGGAUUUAAUAUCUGUAAUGCUCACAUGGAAACUUGGAAAACAUUUAAAAAUCCCUUCACGAGCCUCUUUGGGAAGGACAACCUUCCAAACUACUCCUGUGUGAGAUUUACAUUUGGGCCUUUUGAUCAUGCUCUGAGUGACCAUAAGAACUUUCCUGCUCUGUAUCAGAUGGCCUCAAAGGACACAUCGAUAGCCAUUGCCCUGAUCUCCUUACUCCUUCAUUUCAGCUGGAACUGGGUUGGACUAUUGACCUCACAAGAUGAGAAUGGCUUGUGGAUUCUUCCUGAAUUGAAAGAAGAGAUGGACAAGAAUAGAAUUUGUGUAGACUUUGAGCUAGCAAUCCCAACCUCUGGCUUGGCAUAUGUUUUUAAAGUCAUGGCACUUUAUAAACAGAUUAAUAAAUCUUCAGCAAACGUCCUCAUCAUACAUGGUGAUAAUGAAGCCUUACUAGAUAUGGUAAGAUAUUCAGAGUCAGACUGUGUAACGUGGGAGAACUGUCCUCACGAAGCCUCCUUGGAUUUGUUGCCUGGACACAUUUUUGACACGACUAUGUCUGGAGACAGUUACCAUAUAUACAAUGCUGUGUAUGCUGUGGCCCAGGCUCUCCAUGAGCUGCUUCUUCAUCAAACAGAAACACAAACAGUGGGAAAGAGGGAAGGGGCAGUGACUUCCCCUGCACAGCUGCACUUUUUUCUGAAGAACAUCCAGUUUCACAAUACUGCUGGAGAUCAAGUGACUUUGGAUGAGAAAAGGAAAUUGGAAGCAGACUAUGACAUUGUAAACAUAUGGAAUUUCCCAGAAGGUCUUGAACUUGAGGUGAAAGUAGGAAAGUUUUCUCCAUAUGCUCAUCAACUGUCUUUAUCUGAAGAUAUGGUACACUGGGCCAUAGGAACUACAGAGCCUACUCAAUCUGCCUGCAGUGAGAGUUGUAGUCCUGGAUUCAGGAAAUCCCCUCAGGAAGAAAAGGCAGCCUGUUGCUUUGAUUGCACACCGUGCUCAGAGAAUGAGAUUGCUAAUGGGUCAGAUAUGGAGCAGUGUAUGAGGUGUCCAGAUCAUCAGUAUGCCAAUACAGAGAGAAACCAGUGCCUCCCAAGAGCUGCAAGAUUCUUGACUUAUGAAGAACCCUUAGGGAUGGCCUUGGCCUGCAUGGCUCUUUCUUUAUCUACACUCACAACAGGUGUUCUUGGGGUCUUUGUGAAACACAAGAACACUCCCAUUGUCAAGGCUAAUAAUCAAGCUCUCAGCUACAUCCUACUCAUCUCCCUCAUCUUCUGCUUCCUCUGUUCCUUGCUCUUCAUUGGCCGUCCCAACACCAGCACCUGCAUUCUACAACAGACCACAUUUGGAGUUGUGUUCACUGUAGCUGUUUCUGCUGUCUUGGCCAAAACUGUAACUGUGGUUCUGGCCUUCAAGGUCACUUCUCCAGGGAGAAGGAUGAGGUGGCUUAUGCUAUCAGGAGCUCCUAACUUCAUCAUCCCCAUCUGCACCCUGAUCCAGGUGACUCUCUGUGGAAUCUGGCUGGGAACCUCUCCUCCCUUCAUUGACACAGAUGCACACUCUGAACAUGGCCACCUCAUCAUCCUGUGUAACAAAGGCUCCCUCACUGCUUUCUACUGUGUCCUGGGAUACCUGGGCUUCCUGGCUCUGGUCAGCUUCACUUUGGCUUUCCUGGCCAGGAACCUGCCUAAUACGUUCAAUGAGGCCAAGUUCCUGACCUUUAGCAUGCUGUUGUUCUGCAUUGUCUGGCUCACUUUUCUGCCUGUCUACCACAGUGCCAAGGGGGAGGUCAUGGUGGCUGUAGAGAUCUUCUCCAUCUUGGUGUCUAGUGCAGGGCUACUGGGGUGUAUCUUUGCCCCCAAGUGCUACAUUAUCUUGUUAAGACCAGAUAGAAAUUUUCUGCUUGGCUUCCGGGACAGAAGUCAUGCCGGGAGAAAUACACCCUCUUAA